CUGCAUCACAAUACCCACACAGGGUAAUUCACCGUUAAAUUCCGUCCUAACAUAGAAUGCAUAUCGUCAAAUACGCGUUAACCCCGCCGGAGAGCCCAGAACGGCAAUGAAGCUAUAAAUGCCUCCCCCCUGUCUUCGCGAUAGAUCCAUUGACGCAGGUACAGCUUUUGAUGAUGAAGUGCAUUAAGGGCCUGGCGUGGGCCGGCAUAUUCUUGCGGAUUGCUGCACUGGACGCAGAUAGCAUUGCUUCUCAAUAUUUCGGCAACGAUGCUGCAUGGUAUCGCGAUCGUAUCCCUCUCUUCGAGGCCAGCGUGGCUGAUAUCCAGGAUGUAUACUACUACCGGUGGAACAUUUUCCGUGCCCACCAGCGUGAUCUGGGCGCUGAUGGAUACAUUUCCACUGAGUUCUUGAAUGAUGUUGGCUGGCAGAGUCAGCCAUCGGCGCUGCUGAUUGAUGCUUCCAAUUUCCAUCUGCGCGAAGGUCGAUGGUGUCGGGAUCGUCGGUUCAAGAGUGACUAUGCGAGCUUUCUUUAUGGCCCGCAUAAGAAUCCCUACCAAUUUUCAGAGAGUAUGGCCGAUGGUGUGUGGCAGGGAUAUCUGGUUGAUGGAGUAGCAGACGAAGCUACAGCCCAUCUAGAUGCCAUGCAAGCUGUCUUUAACGGCUGGAAUACCACUUCCAUGUCAACAGGCGGAUAUGACACCUCCAAAGCUCUGUACUGGAUCCAACCACUCACUGAUGCUACGGAAUAUACAAUCGCAAGUAUCGACGCUUCUGGAGGCGAGGAUGGUUUUACCGGCGGCAAUGCGUUCCGACCCAGCAUCAACAGUUACCAGUAUGUGAACGCGCUGGCCAUUGCCAAUCUGGCCAAACUCCAAGGAAAAGGAGAUGUGGCCGAGAAAUAUCAGCAGCAAGCUGUAAACAUCAAGAGGACAGUUCAGGACACAUUGUGGAACAGCACCUUCGAGCACUUCAUCGAUCGAUUCAAAGUGGACAAUGAGCGCGUCACCUACUGGGACUUUAUCCGAGGCCGUGAGUUGGUGGGAUACGUUCCUUGGACACACGAUCUCCCAGAUGACACAGAGCAGUUCGCCGAAGCAUGGAAGCAUCUCCUGGACAGCAAAAAGUUUGCAGGCGCUCACGGCUUACGCACCAAUGAACCGAGCUACGAAUACUACAUGAAACAAUACCGAUACGAGGGCUCAAAGCGCGAGUGUCAGUGGAAUGGACCAUCGUGGCCUUAUCAGACUACCCAAGUUCUAACUGGACUCGCCAAUUUCCUUGACCACUAUAACACCUCCGCUGCCACCAAUAUAGUCACAAAGACGGACUACACUCAUCUACUCCAACAGUAUGCUCAGAUACACUAUAACCGCAAUCGAGGCGGCGUCCUUAACCUGGAAGAAGACUAUGACGCCGACACCGGCAGUCCGAUAGUAGGGCUGACGCGAUCUCCGCACUAUUUCCAUUCCGGCUUUGUCGACCUGGUCCUCACUGGACUAGUCGGUAUCCGUCCUCGCGCUGAUGAUGUGCUAGAGGUGAACCCACUGGCAGAUCCAGCAGUCAUAUCAUACUUCCGCGCCGAGCGCAUUCUCUACCACGGCCACGAGAUCGCCGUUCAGUGGGACAAAGAUGGACAUCACUACGGUACAUCGGGGUUAGUGGUAGAGGUAGAUGGCAAAGCAGUCUCCUCGUCACCCACCCUGGCCCGUAUCACUACCAGCAUCACCAGCAAAACUCCACCCACAAUUAACCGUCCCGUAGCUGUCUCCGUUCAAUUGGACUCCACGUCAUAUCCCCGAGGGAGCGUCUCCAUCCCAGAUGCAGACACUAACGCCAUCCACGCAGCCAUCGACGGACGGGUCUGGUUCUUCCCCGAGUCCGACGUCGCGAACGGAUGGGACACCCCGGCCGGCAACGGCAGUGAGCUGUGGUAUCAAAUUAGCUUUGAGGCCUCUACUAAGGUUGCGAGUGCGGAGAUUGCCUUUUUUGCUAAUAGCACGCAAGGCUACGAUAUCCCUGAGAAAUAUAAUGUUCAGGUUGGUGUGUCUGGAGUGUGGGCGGACGUUUCGAACGCGAAUCAUAGUACGCCACUUGCGAACGGAAUUACGCAGGCUACUUGGAAUGCCGUCGACACAGAUAAGAUCCGGUUGGUCUUUGUACCACAGGAGGGUAAGAAGGUUCGGCUCGUGGAGUUCAAGGUUUUUGGGGAGGUGGUGAAUAGUGAUUAAGUUGGUCUGUUAGACUAUUGCGUUGCACGUAUAUCAAACCGUUGUCUAGCUCGUGCUUGGAUAUAGGUAUCGGAAAGUUGUGCCGAGCCCCGACGAUAGUAUCAACGAGCUCUUCGCAAAGGCAAGACGAUUAUAUAGCAGUAGAC